GAUCUCAUUACCUCUCUUUCUUCAAGUAAAAACAUACUACUAGUAAACGGCACAAUCGUGUGGGUUCGCAUCUUUGUGUCUGUCUCUCUCUCUCUCUCUCCUAUGUUUGAAAAAAUGUCAUUCAUUUUCCUAUUUCUUUUCUCUUCUCUCCUUUAAAACGUUGCUCUUUUCUUUUCAUUCUUACAACUCAACCCCACUUUGUGAAAGUUGAAACUCUGUGCUUUACUUCUUCUCUUCUUCCAUUUAUUUAUUCUCAUCUCUUCUCUCUCUUCUCUCAUUCACUUUCACUCACGGGUGAAUCUCAUACAUGGAAUAUACACCAAUGCUAUUAAAUCUCUCACUCUUUUCAUUUUCACAUGCUUCAUUUUUCAUUUAAUAAACCAACAAAAAAACAAACUAUUUCUCUUUCAUUUUUAUGUCUGUUUUUCCUCUUCCAGCAUUUGGUCUCUUCUAGGUACUAGUGUUUCGUCUCAAACUUCAACUUUUUUUACCGUUUUGUUUUUACUUGAGUCUCCGUUACUGAUAUGAGUCUUUUUCCUUUAACAACCCCUGAAAUGGGUCUUGAGAUUUUCAGACCAUCAUCAAUGUUUCAGUCCAAAGAAGAAGAUGUGUACUUAGGGGUUCAGAGAAAAAACCUGUCUUUGAAACUUGGUGAUGGUGUAGAACAAAAAACCUCUCUUUCUGUGAAAACUGGUUACUCCAAGCUUUGUUCUAGAGGCCAUUGGAGACCAGGUGAAGAUGCAAAACUCAAAGAGCUUGUUGCUGAAUAUGGACCUCAAAAUUGGAACUUGAUUGCAGAACAUCUUCAAGGAAGAUCAGGGAAAAGCUGCAGAUUAAGGUGGUUCAAUCAGCUAGAUCCAAGGAUCAACAGAAGCACUUUUUCUGAGGAGGAAGAGGAGAGGCUUUUAGCUUCUCAUAAAAUGUAUGGUAACAAAUGGGCUAUGAUUGCUAGACUUUUUCCUGGAAGAACAGAUAAUGCAGUGAAGAAUCAUUGGCAUGUAAUCAUGGCUAGGAGGCAUAGGGAACAGUGUAGUGUGUAUAGAAGGAGAAAGCCAGUUGUUGAAAGUCUUUCUAAGGGUUUGAAAUUGAGUCUUUCAAACAAUGCAGUUAGUGAUUCAACUAUGUCAAGUACAAUAGAUGGGAAUGCCUCAACUUGUACUAAUCUCUCACUCACUCCCUCUUCAGUUAAACUAAGUCCUCAACUAUUUGAUAACCUAGUGGCUAAUGUUCAAAGUCACCAAGGCUAUGGAUCAAUAUUAGGUAAAUCUAGAGAAAGUGGUGUGGAAACAAGUUUUGACAAGUAUUUUGGAGGUGUUAAGAAGCAUGAAAAGGUGGAAAAGCUCAAAGUAAUGGAUGUGGUCCAGUCCAAUUAUUCAGAUUCAAACUCAUCAGAAGUAUCAGUAUCUGAGUCAGUUGGCACCAACAACCAUAGGUCCAAUAUCUCAAUUUCUGGUGAAAGUGUAAAUGUUGGUAUUAACAUACUAGUACCACCAUUCAUUGAUUUUCUUGGAGUAGGAGCUAGCUAAAUGGAAGAGAGGUUAGGAAAGUGAGGUAGUCAGGGUCAGGAGAACCGUUUGUGUUGGGUGAAAAUGGGUCUGCUGUAGUGUAUUCCCUUAUGUACAGUUUCUUCCAUAAAAGGCAAAAAGUAAAAAGUGAGUGAACAAUGGAAAAGGAAAGAAAAAAAAGAGGCAUUAGUUAAGAAGAGAGAGAGAGAAAGGACUUAAUAACAAUUUUCUAAACUCCUGGUUUUGGACUGUUUCUGAAAUAGCAGAAUAGUAAGGGACUUGUUUGUUAUGUUUGUGGUACUUUUGGCAUUUUGUUAAUCAGAAGCCAAAGUUUUAUGACAUGGAUGGAUGGAAGGAUGUACAACUUAUUAUUAAUGUUACAUGAAUCAAACCAACUAACCUGUUCUUUGAA